UACAAAGAACGUAUAUUACUAGCCGUUUACGUGUCAUGUAUUUAAUAAAAGGUAAUCUUUGAAAUGGAUGAAAUUGAUGCUGUUGCACACAGCGUAUCACACGACGAACUGCUCGAAAUUACCGAAUCUUCUCUUUUCAAACUAUUAAAUUAUGAUUCAUUAUUAUGUGAUUUACCUUCAGAUAUUAUUAUAGAAGAAAUUUUGUCACAGAUAGCAGUGGAGCAUGGCCAGUCAAUAAGGAUUUUUAUUUCUAGAGAAGAUGAACCUGCAUUAAAAGUCAUUGUGCCACAAACAGCAAGUGUUGGUGAUCUAAAGAAGGCAAUUGCCAGACACUUUGAGAUACAUCAGAAAAGGAUUGGCAGCAAAGUGAAGAUAUCUUGGAAAUAUAUUUGGAAGACUUAUAACUUAAGUUUUGAUGGUAUAAUAUUGGACAAUAAUGCAAACCCUAUUGAAGAUUACGGUGUAACCAAUAAAACUACAUUAACAUUCAAGAAGAGACGGAAAAAAAAUAAAAACACCAUUUAUUCUUAAAACAUGUUUAUUGUUAGUACAAACAAUCUUGAAGCUGAUUAAUUCAUUGUGAUUAUAAAAUUGUUACAUUUGUAAUAAACUAAAAUAAAAUUAUAAUUUCUUAAAAACAUAUUUUCCACUUUUUAUCCCAAAUCUAUCUACCCCCUAUUCUACUGCUUAUCUACUUUGUAGAAGCAUUUCUAAAACCAAUUUGCAAAUAAGUAAAAUAGUAUCUCAAUGAGAUUAAAUUAUCCUUGUAACAAGCAACUUUAUAUUUGUUGAUUGCAAUUAUCCAUUAAAAAAAGUCUACAAAUUAAAUGUCUUGCCUUUAGUCGUCAAAGGAAUAUUUUUAUAAUUUUA